UUAGUUGAACAGAAUUGAAUGGAAAAUCUUACGUUAUUAAAAAAAAUCACUUCCGAAUUCAAAGCGUUUCCACAAAAUUGCUCGAUACAUAAUUAAAUAAGAUAUAGGAAAUAUGGAUAUCCAAGAACAAGCUUCAAGCUCGAAGAUAAGCGGGUUGCAAUUCUUGAAAGCUGACCCCAAGAUGCGCUAUCUGGUGGAAGCUAUCGAGAAAAAUCGAGGUGCAAGUAAAAUGUUGGAUGAAGAGAUAGUCAAUACUUUAACCGAAGUUAGAAGUUUGGGUUCGAAAUAUGCCGACCCGAAUUAUGUAGGGCGCGCAGAACUAUAUGAAGCAAUAGAAAGCGUUUUAAACGCUCUGAAGGCAUAUUCGGAAUACUCGUCGCCAUUUCUUAAAAAGGUUGCGGCUAAAGAGGCUCCUGACUACUAUAAAAUAAUUAAACGUCCGAUGGAUCUAAGCCAAGUGACAAAAAACUUUAAGAAUGGGCAAUAUAACUCCAAGAAAGAAUUUGCUGACGAUCUUUUACUGAUUUAUAGUAACUGCCUCACCUACAACACAGAUCCGGAUAAUUACUUUAGGAAAUGUGCUAUUGCGAUGAGGGCAAAAACUGAUGAAUUACUUGAGAACGUUCCUGAAAUUGUCGUCAAGACUCGAGAGCAGUACAACGAAGAAAUGAAAAGAAAGACAGAAGAAGAAAUGAUGAAAAGAGCCGCUGCCGAUGCUGUCGCUAUUACUGCCCAAGUGGAGCAAGAAAUCGCCGCUGAAGAAAGGGAACCCGAGAUGAUAGAGCAACCACAACCGAUUCAAGAACAAACCUCAAUUGAAACUCCACAAAUACCUGUUGUCUUAUCUAAUGAUAUGGAUGAUGAUGAGUGUGAUAAGGAAUUACAAGAAAUACUAAAAGGUUUGGAUACUCCUCUCUUGCCGGAGUUGUGGGAUCCAGAAAUCGAUAAUCCGGAUCGUGAUAGGUUGUUUGAUUCCGAGUACUGGAAAGAACAAGAGGCAAAAAGACCAACGCUUGACCAAUAUCCACAGCUCCAAUUUUCGAACCGUGGUACUGCCGCGAUGAUCGAACGUAAUAUAGAGACACUUAAACAAACGCGUCUCCUUCAUGCAAAGCUGUUGGCGGCAAAACACAACUUGCCGCUUGGUCAUUUCGGCGUGAACGAAGCUGCGACAACUGAAAACAAGACAACCGAGGGUCAACCACAAGUAGAUCCGAAAGACUUGCCACCACUUGUGAUGAACCGCGAUGCUGGAUUUGCAUGCUUGCAACGGGUUGUCGUGAAGCUGCUACAGCACGCAGGUUUUGAAAGUGGUUCUUCAAUGGCUGUUAAUAUAUUAACCGAAGUUGCUCAGGAUUAUUUACUAAACCUUGGAAAAACAAUGAGGGCGUACAUGGAUGAUGUCUUCAACAAAAAGACUCCCGAAGAAAUUAUUAAAAAGACCUUGUACGAGAAUGGUGUACCAACCGUUAAAGAUAUUGAAUCAUACGUUCGAGAUGAUAUUGAACGAUAUGGCACUAAACUAAGAGAUAUACAACGUCGCCUAGAGAUUGCGUACAAAGAAUCGCUGAGUCAACCCGAUAAUACCGGAACUGACAAUGAAGAUUUGCCAGAAAAUGAGGAUGUAUUUAUGACUGGCAGUUUAGGUGAUGGGAUUGAAUUAGGAGACGAUUUCUUUGGUUUAAAAGAACUUGGUCUAGGAAAUCUUUCGGUUCCUACUAAAUUAUUGCUGGGGUCCAGUAAAAUUAAACCUGUUCAGAAGAAGGCACAGGAACCAAACCAAAGAAAAUCCCGGUAUGCUAAUCCACCGCCAUUCGCUCCCAUUGACCCUGAAAAAGUAAUCGGGUUGCUUACUGAGUAUUUCCGCAACCGAUUGGAAGAGCAGAAUGGCAAAUUAGUAGAUGAUGACGGCUUGCCGCAAAAACAAAGAAACCAUAGACCGAAAGUUCCUCCGACUGGUAAGAUUCCUCCACAACCCAAGAGACAGCCACCUAAGACUGCAGCACAAAAUGCAGCUGCUCUUGCAGAGAAGAAGCGCAAAAGAGAGAAAGAUGCUGCCGCAUUAGUGGAGAAAGAAAAUGCUAAACGCAUCAAGAUGGAAGAAAAAGCAAGAGAAAAGCAAGAAAGGGAAGAGCAAAAACGUAUAAAACAAGAACAGCGCGAUGCAAAGAGAAAGGCCGAUGCAGAAGAAAAAAGACUAAAGAAAGCACAAUUAGAAGCAGAAAAAAGAGAAAGGAAGCUUGCUGAAGCAGCUCAAAAGGAAGCAAAAAAAGCAACUGAAAAGAAAGAGACAAAGAAAAAGAAGCCUACAGCCUCUAAAGUGAACAGAGUUUCUACUGCUAUAGGUUCACAAGCAAGAGGUGGUGCUACUUCAAGCUCAAGUACAAUUACUGGAUCAUCCUCAGCUGGAUCUAAGAAGAAUCUAGAUCAAAUCGAUGAUCGCGAUUCCGAAGAUGUUCCACUUGCUGUUAGGAAGAAAACUAGAACCAAAGAAGCUGCAGCAAGUAGUAACGCACGUGGUAACGGACGUAGUAAUAGUAGACCGCCAAUGUAGAUUUGUUACAAAUAUUUGUGCAAAAUAUUAUGUAAUUUGUCUUUUAUAGUUGUAAAUAUUGGUAAAGUUUCGCCACACCGGGGGCUCAUUCGUCUCGAAAAAUUGUCAAAAUUGACGAAGAAAUUAUAAAUAACUUUACUUGGGAUAUUGAGAAAAUUUGACCAACUCAAUUGCAAAGACCAGCAAUAAAAUAAAAAAAAAAAAAGCCCCGGCGUCUUCAGUAUACUAUCCAUAAACACGACUAUGAGAUACAAAUCUGGUAUAUAGUCUAUAUAGCUAUUUUGUAUGUAUAGUGAUAGAACUACAAUAUUGCAAAAUUUAAAAGUUAAAGACAUUUUAUUACAUAAAAUAAUAGUUGUUCACAAUUUUAUUUAUUUAUAAACGAAUGAUUUAAAAUAAAAUUACAUAUAAUA